GGGGAGGCGCGGCCGCCAACUGGCGGGUCGCCGCCGCCGUGGGGCGCCGGGCGCGCGUGCGCCCGCGGCCCGGGGGGCCCCUCCAACCGCCCGGCGCUGCCGGGCCUGCUACAACAAGGCUACUUGACCGCUUACACGACCCGCUUGGUCACUUCAGUCGUCUGCAGAGGAUUCAUCCCCGCGCGAGGUGACAUUGCAAUCCGCCAGCCGGCCACCGGGGGCUUCUCCCCGGGGGCCGUCGCCAGCCUGCUGAGGUGCAUGGCCCGAAGGCCUAUUCCUGAUCGUUACUACUCGCGCGGAGAGCCCCAGCAUGGUCGCCUACGCAUGCGCAUGCUGCUUGAGCGCAGUGCCAACUUGUUGCCGCCGCAAAGCCUCCCGCGACCCACGCGCUACCACACCGUCUCGCGGUUCGAUCUCAACCUCAUCGGUCGGCACCCCAACCUAGAUGAGAUGGUCUUUCAGGAGCUGGAGUGGCGGCGCGAGCCGUGGCCGGUGGUCGAACGUCUGUUCCGGUGGGCGAAGACUUGCGCGCGCGAGCGUCGGAAUCCUGAAUUCUUCCGGACAAUCGAGCAGUACUCGUGGCGAGUGCGGUAUCCUGUUUGA